AUGGGUAAAGAUUCCAACUCAGCUCAUAAUUAUUCUGUCCGAUGUUUUGACAAUCUGAAAAAUAGUAUGACCCACAUCGACAAGGCAAUUGUACAAGCGACUGAAAAAAAGGUUUUAGAUGCAAGACUAAGGCUUCAGGUUACAAUCAAUUCAAUCAGGUGGUUAACAUUCCAAGCUUGUGCUUAUAGAGGGCAUGACGAAUCUCCAGAAUCCAUGAACCGGGGUAAUUUUCUUGAAUUGGUAAAUUUGUUGGCUUCUUAUAACAAAGAGGUGCAUGCGGUUGUCUUGGAUAACGCUCCACGGAAUGCAAAGUACACCUCCCAUAGUGUGCAACAAGAAAUUCUGAAGUUAUUUUCUAGAAAGGUUCAGAUGCAAAUUAGAGAAGAAAUUGGUACUAGCAAGUUUUGUAUAAUGGUGGAUGAAGCUCGAGAUGAAUCGAAGAAAGAGCAAAUGGCACUAGUCCUCCGGUUUGUGAACAAGGAAGGAUUCAUAAAGGAGCGCUUUCUUGAUAUCAUUCAUGUGACUGACACUGCUGCAUUGACUCUCAAGCAGGCAAUUUGUGCUGUCCUUGCAGAUAAUAAUUUGAAUGUCUGUGAUAUAAGAGGACAAGGAUAUGAUGGGGCAAGUAACAUGAGAGGUGAAUGGAAUGGGUUAAAGGCUUUAAUUCUAAACGAGUGCUCGUAUGCUUAUUAUGUACAUUGCAUGGCUCAUCAGUUACAGCUGGCUCUUGUUGCGGCAUCAAGGGAGGUACAUGAGGUGCACAACUUUUUCCAACAUGCUAUUCUCAUCAUAAAUGUUGUUAGUGCGUCGCCUAAACGCAAUGAUGAAUUAUUAGCAAAUCAAGCUGCAGAAAUUGAACGAGAAAUUGAGUUGGGUGAGCUAGAUACAGGAAAAGGUGCAAAUCAGAUUGGAUCUUUACAGAGACCUGGGGACACUAGAUGGAGUUCUCACUUCAAAUCCAUUCAGAGCUUACUUAAGAUGUUUGGUGCUACAGUUGCAGUCCUACAGAGUGUAGCAACUGACCGCUCAGUCUCAAAAUAUUCUAGGGGAGAUGCAGUAGGUGCUCUAAAAAUAAUUAAGUCAUUUGAUUUUGUGUUCAUUCUGCAUCUAAUGGAGAAGAUCAUGAAGAUCACUGAUGUCUUAUGUCAAACCCUCCAACGGAAGUCCAUUGAUAUUUUAAAUGCAUUGGAUUCAGUUUCUAACACAAAAUUGCUGCUUGGUAAGCUAAGAGAAGAUGGUUGGGAAUCUCUUCUUCAGGAGGUUCAGUCUUUUUGUUUGAAGCAUGAAAUUGAGGUUCCCGAUUUGAGUCGCAAGUAA